AUGUCUCAUCGCCCUGGCCGGACAGGGUUGCUGGUUAAAAAGAUCAAUAGACUUCCAACACCCAUUGCAGGGCUGGAUAAUCUGACCAUGUUUCUGAGAGGAUGCGAAGAUCUGGGAUUGAAGGGAUCACAGCUGUUCGAUCCCGGAGACCUGCAGGAUACGUCGAUAAGAGCAAACUUAACGGGCUCUGACUGCAGUAGAAAGCUGAAGAAUGUGCUCAUAACCAUAUACUGGCUUGGUAAAGCUGCUAACAGCUGUACAACAUAUAACGGCCCCACACUCGACCUGAAAGAGUUUGAGGGGCUUCUUUCCAUGAUGCGAAAGGAGUGUGUAAAUGAAGAUUUCGACUCCCCUAAGCGCAGUAUAAGGGACAGCGGUUACAUUGACAGCUGGGAAUCAGAGCGCUCUGAUUCGCUGUCUCCUCCGAGGCAUGGCCGUGAUGAUUCAUUUGACAGUCUCGACUCAUUUGGCUCACGAUCACAGAACACACCCUCCCCAGACACAGUUAUUCGCUGCAACAGUGAUGACUCUGAAGGUGACGCUGGGCAUAGAAAGUUGCCAGACGUGCGUAAGGAUGACAUGUCUGCCCGCCGCGUGUCCUACAAAGAGCCUCGCGUAGCUCUACCCUUCAAUCAGUAUCUGCCAAACAAGACCAACCAGACCAACUACCUUCCUGCUCCCCUGAGGAAGAGGAGGAGCGACAGAGAGGAAGACAGGAGGAGUCUGAGCAACUCAACAUCUCCUGUAGGAGGAGAAAGACCUCUCAGACAAGAGGGUUUAGAAGUGUUAAAAGAGGAGGCUGUCGUGUCUCGAAGCCUUGUGUUCCAGAAAAAUUCCACCUGGGUGAAUGAGAAAGGGGUGGAGCUUGAGGAGGCGGAGCUUAAGAAAAUGAGAAAGCUGGAAAAGGCGGGAGUAAAAGUAUUACCUGCCCCUGUGCGAUAUAACAGUCCAAUUGUGAACCCUGUGGAGGCCAGUAAAGCUAAACCACCUUCACCUGACAUCAUUCUCCGUCGUGACAAUGAGUUCAUGCACGCCGCUGCUCCACAACAGUGGGAUUCGAAUGAGGAAGAUGAUGACGAAGAGGCAGAACGGAAGGUUCCAGAUGUCCAAAAGGAUGAUCUUGCUUCUCGCAGAGCACGAAUGAAUCAGUUUAAACCCAGAAUAGCACAUCACUUCCUGCCAGGCUCUUGUAGCUGGAAGGACCGAGAAAAAUGGGAGGGAAUCAGACUGGCAUCCCAGCAUGCCGUGUUGGAGAGGAUGGAGAAGAUGGAACAGGAGAAAAUAAGUCAGGCUGACUCCGCCUCCCCUGAGGUGCCAAUCAUAAUUCGUAAGGACAAUCCUUUCUUGAAUCCCGAAAAAGACAGGGGAAAAGAGGGGAAUGAGGAAGAUGAAAGAGAGGAAGAGGGGAAGAUAGUUAUUCCAAACCCACUCAAAGAUGAUCUAGCCAGAAGGCGGACUGGGAGAGGGCCACACCCUCCCAAAGAUCCUCAUCAGUCAUUGGUCCAGGCUUCCAUCACUCGGUCAGACCUGGAGAAAUGGCAGAGGCUCAAGAUGAAUACAGAUAGCAGUGAGUCUGACUCCACUUCUGCUGAAGUGUCAAUCAUAACUCGCAAGGACAACCCCUUCCUGACCCCUGAGAAAGACAGUGAGAGUGAGCCAGAGAAGGAGGAGGGAACAGACAGAGAGAAAGGGGCAAGGGUGGUGAUGCAUAAUAUAAAGAAAGAUGACCUGGCCAGAAGGCGGGGCCAAAGUGGGCCUGUCCCACAGAGGGAUCCCCGGCAGUCAUUGGCUCAAACAACCAUCACUCAGUCAGACCUGGAGAAAUGGCAAAGGCUCAAGAUGAAUACAGAGAGCAGCGAUGACCCUAUUGUCCCUCUGUGUCAGAUGUGUCUUGAGAAAGGCUGCCUCUCUGUUUCCUCCAAGAUGACGGUUGCCAAGAGCGACGUGGCCAGUUGCCGAGAACAUUCCUCCGGUGAACGGCGGCGUUUUGUAACAUUUGGGGGUGUGACAGAGAUGGAGAGUACUUCUUGGAAAGAGGAGGAGGAUGAGGAAAGGGGAGAGGGACAGGGGAACGAGGCAGAGAAGCUUCGAUAUCUCCUCUCGAUGGCACCUGUUGCUGUGCCCACCAUAGGGCAGGGCUCCAUACUGACAAAGAGAGCGGUGGGCAGUGGAGAUGCAAACCCUGAGCCUCCUCCCAUCAUGCCCCCUGAACCUCCGAACCGUGUUAUGUUUGACCUUAAAAGGCCUUUGGCCUCCACUGAGCGCAGAAUGCUGGAGGAGGAACUGGCUGAGAAAGCAAAGGAUGAGAGGGAGGAUGAUGAAGAGGAUGAAGAAGAAGAGAGGCAACCAGAUAUAGAAAAGGACGACAUGCUCGCUCGUAGAACAGGAGCAUUACAGAAGCCAGCAAGCGGGACUUCAUAUAACAGAUUCCUCCCGCACCCGGGUUCUAAGAGACAGUGUGCCACAGCAGCUUCCUUAGCCCAGAAAGGAACGAGUGGAGAAAGAGAUCUCCAGUAUAUUGAAAGAAGCAUAAAGACAAAGAGAACCAAGAUUGGACAGAGGUGGGACAGGCAAGAAUAACUGGCAGUCUCAAAC